UCACCCUAAAUAUUCAAUAUUAUUAAUCUGUGGUCAAUGUUUGGCGCCAAAUCCCCUAAGCAGUUGAUUUGUUUCAACUUGUAUUGUUAAUUAUUCGUUUUAUUUAAAUUGCAACUACCAGAAUAUCAAAAAUGAAGAUUGAUUUAUCUGAAGGAUGCUUUAAGGUAAUCAUGACCGGAGGAGAGGUACAAGAACCCAUCGUUCAAGUUGUAACUCUGAAAAAAAUGAGUACCGCUUCUGGCCAGGAACGGUACCGUGCCUGCCUUUCCGACGGGAAAUACAUGAUCACCGUUGCAAUGAUUACAGCUCCAGUUGUAGAUAAAACUAGUGAAAAGGGCAUUCCAAAAUAUUCCGUGAUCAAACUCAAGCGUUACAUUACAACCGUUAUCAAUAAUACCAACACGUCUAACAAUAAAGCUGACGGAGGUCGAGUUUUGCUGAUGCUUGAUGUAGAACUAGUGCAAGACGGUGACGAAAUUGGCGAGGUCAUUGGCAAUCCGGUAUCAUAUUCUGUAGCUACGGCACAAGAGACCAGAGAAGGCUCUCCCCCAGCUAAAAUGCGAAAACUAAACGGUCCAUCGAAUUCUUCAAACACUAAUGGAGAAUCAAGUCAUCAAGAUCUUAACAAGAGCAUGGCUGGACAAAUGACCCAUCCAAUAACCUGUCUGAAUCCUUACAAUAACAAGUGGAUUAUCAAGGCAAGGGUAAUCAGCAAGACUCCGAUAAAAACAUGGUCGAAUUCCAGAGGAGAGGGAAAGCUUUUUAGCAUGGAUUUGGUAGAUGAAAGUGGUGAAAUAAGACUAACAGCAUUUAGAGAGCUGGUUGAUAAGUUUUAUGAUCAAAUUGAGGUGGAUAAAGUUUAUUAUAUUUCUAAAUGUCAACUGAAACCAGCCAAUAAGCAGUUUAGUAACCUGAAGAACGACUAUGAGAUGACGAUGGUAAAUGACACACUGAUUGAGGAGUGUCAUGAUGAUACCUCUACUGCACCCCAUUUACGCUACGAUUUUGUUCCAAUACAAACUAUUCCGGAGUUGGAAACCAACAAAAUAAUUGAUGUUAUUGGUGUGGUGAAGAGUACUGGUGACCUGCAGUUCUUCAAUGCAAAGAGUACCGGUCGCGAGCUUAGGAAGAAAGACUUAAUACUGGUGGAUAAGUCAAAUGCCGCGAUUACUUUAACCUUGUGGGGUGCCGAUGCUGAAAGUUUUGAUGGUUCUAAUAAUCCAGUGCUGGCAAUAAAAGGGGCCCGCAUCAGCGAGUUUGUCGGAGGUAAAACCUUGAGUACUCUAUCGGGAACGAUUGUUAAAACAAACCCAGACAUGAAAGAAGCAUACGUUCUAAAACAAUGGUUUGAUUCUGAAGGAAGUUACCUGGAAGCCAAUAAUGUGAGUGCUAGAUCAGCUGGAGGCUCAACUUUUGUUACUCCGUGGAUGUGUUGCGAUGAGGUUUACGAAAGUCAGUUGGGGUCAAGUCCCGCAGGUGAUUAUUACCAAAUGAAAGGGGCGAUUUUGAUGGUCAAGAGCGAUAACGCGUGUUACAAGGCCUGCCCCACCCCCGAAUGCAACAAAAAGGUUAUCGACAACUCAAACGGAAUGUACAGAUGCGAAAAAUGCAACCAAGAAUACGAGAGCUUCAAAUGGAGGUUGCUCUGUAGUAUGAACGUGGGCGACUGGAGCGCAAACCAAUGGGUCAGCAUGUUCAGUAGCGAAGCAGAGAAGGUUCUCGGGAAGAGCGCUGAAGAAGUAGGGGCGUUGUUUGAAUCUGGUGAACCCGGUAAAUAUACCGAGUUCAUGGAAGAAGCUCAUUUCAAAGAGUUCGUCUUUAAAUGCCGCGCUAAAAAUGAAGUUUUUAACGAUGAAGGGCGGCUAAAAACUGUGGCUAUCAAAGUGGACCCCGUUAACUAUACAGAGUAUAAUACUUAUCUGAUAGAAUGCAUUAAGGAACUCACUGACGCUUCCUAAACUGAUCUUUAUAUUUACUCUUUGUUACCUUAUUCUUAUAUAAAAGAUUAGGUUUCUAGAAUAGUUUUAUAUAUUUUUUUUUAGUAUUUAGAUGUGUAUAUUAUUAAAUUAUUUUGAAUAAACCGUUCCAU